CCGGUCUCUUUCCUGACUCUGUCAUCAGCCCUUGGUUGAGGGAAAAACGGUUUUGCUUUCAUGCUCUGUGUUUGGAAGGCAGAUAAAAUGCCAGGUCUGGGUUGCCUCUAGGGAUAACCUUCCUUUCUAUGAUGUGAAUGAAUAGCAUCUUGGCUGGGGGCAAAUCCAGAGGAGGAAUUGACAAGGCAGGCUGGAGCUGCUCUGUCUACUGUCUAGGCCUUUCCCUGCAUUUUAAAUCCCAGCUGUGGCUUUUGUAGGGAAUUCACUUUUGCACUGAGAAAGGGGUGCUUUGGAUUAUCAGACCUCCAUGUAUGACAAUUUGUACCUGCAUGGAUUUGAAGACUCUGAGGCGGGAUCAGCAGAUUCGUACACAAGCAGACCAUCAGAUUCUGAUGUAUCUCUCGAAGAGGACAGGGAAGCAAUCCGUCAGGAAAGAGAACAGCAGGCGGCUAUUCAGCUUGAAAGAGCAAAGUCAAAGCCUGUAGCGUUUGCCGUUAAGACUAAUGUGAGCUACUGUGGAGCACUGGAUGAAGAUGUUCCUGUACCAAGCACUGCCAUCUCUUUUGAUGCUAAGGAUUUUCUACACAUUAAAGAGAAAUAUAACAAUGACUGGUGGAUAGGAAGAUUAGUUAAAGAAGGCUGCGAGAUUGGCUUCAUUCCAAGUCCGCUUAGGCUGGAAAACAUCAGGAUCCAGCAGGAGCAGAAGAGAGGGCGUUUUCAUGGAGGGAAAUCAAGUGGGAAUUCUUCUUCAAGCCUUGGAGAAAUGGUGUCUGGUACUUUUCGAGCUACACCCACUUCCACUGCAAAACAGAAACAGAAAGUGACGGAACACAUCCCACCCUACGAUGUAGUACCAUCCAUGAGGCCUGUUGUGCUAGUUGGCCCCUCGCUAAAAGGCUACGAGGUGACAGACAUGAUGCAGAAAGCCCUGUUUGACUUCCUGAAGCACAGGUUUGAUGGGAGGAUAUCAAUAACUAGAGUGACAGCUGACAUUUCUCUUGCUAAGAGGUCUGUUCUAAAUAAUCCAAGCAAGAGGGCAAUAAUUGAGCGGUCAAACACCAGAUCCAGUUUAGCGGAAGUACAGAGUGAGAUCGAGCGUAUUUUCGAGUUGGCACGAUCCUUGCAGCUGGUUGUUCUAGAUGCAGAUACAAUCAACCACCCAGCACAACUUAUUAAAACGUCCUUAGCGCCGAUUAUUGUCCAUGUUAAAGUGUCAUCUCCAAAGGUCCUGCAGCGACUGAUCAAAUCAAGAGGAAAGUCACAAAGCAAACACCUGAAUGUCCAGUUGGUUGCAGCAGAUAAACUUGCACAAUGUCCUCCAGAAAUGUUUGAUGUCAUUCUGGAUGAAAAUCAGCUUGAAGAUGCUUGUGAACACUUGGCAGAAUAUCUUGAGGCCUACUGGCGUGCCACACACACCACAAGUAGCACACCCAUGACACCUUUGCUUGGAAGAAACCUAGGCUCCACUGCACUAUCCCCUUACCCUACUGCAAUCUCUGGAUUACAGAGCCAACGAAUGAGGCAUAGCAAUCAUUCUACUGAGAACUCUCCAAUUGAACGACGGAGCCUAAUGACCUCUGAUGAAAACUACCACAACGAAAGAGCUCGGAAGAGCAGGAACCGCUUGUCUUCCAGUUCCCAACACAGCCGAGAUCAUUACCCGCUUGUGGAAGAAGAGUACUCCGACUCAUACCAGGACUCCUACAAGCCUCACAGAAACAGAGGGUCUCCUGGAGGAUACAGCCAUGAUUCCCGACAUAGGCUUUGAAUACAAGAACCCGGGGGGAAAUGGUACUCGUCCGUUGCCAACUUGCCAUAACAUAGCUAGGCCAAACGAAUCAACUUGAUUCGGCAGUUGCGGCAUGGUUUUUACUAUGCUUACAGGCUGCCGCCAUUUAACGCUAUAUAAAAAGGGGUGAAACAUACAGAUCAUGCCCUUCAUAUGUUUAGGAAGAAGUUAGUUUGCCCAGUCACUUUAGAUGUGUUUUAUUUCCAGUGUAGAGAUUUAAUUUUAGAAUCAGUACCUUUUCUCUUCAUUAGACACUAUUAGACACAUCAAUUUGUAAUUUAGGAUUACCUGUUGAAGCGCAUAUAAAAUGAUUUCCUGCACUGGAAAUUCCAAAUGACCAGUUCCAGUUGGAACCAAUUUAUAAACCAAUUCCUGUUGGAAUUUGGGCGAAAUUGACUGGAAAGUCAACCUGAGCAUGUUGCGGUCAGUUUAAAAAUAAAAUAAAAUAAAAUAAAAUAAAUAAUGAAGAAUAAUGAAACCAUUAUAAGCAAAAUAAAUAAAAGCUAUAGAACUUGUUUAUCAGAAGGUGAAUUUAUAUAGAUAGAUAAAUACGGAUAAAAAUAAAACAAUUUUAAUGUAUUUAUUUCAGAUUAACCAAAUGUAAGCAGUCAAUAGUGCCAAAAACGAUGAGCGAAUGCAGCAGUUAGACUACUUUCCAGUUUAAAGUGAUCUGUAUGGGAUGAGUUUUCUCUCUCUCUCCUCCCAGCAUAUGCAUUGCAGCAAACUGUAUGAUGUUGAUAGUUUUUUUGCAUUUUGCUAAUGACAAUAUAGAACUAUUUCAGGAACUUUAAAUAAACUAGGAGUGAAGAAGCCUAACCAUUUUUAAUGUGGUGGUGGUGGAGGAUGUGGGCACACAUUCACUGUCCUGGAAACAUGCUCCUUUAAUCCCAGUCACACCUUCGAAGUGUGUGAAGUGGAUGCGUGGGAUUUUGCUAGCUGGCCCUGCCUCGGCUAUCACAUGCUAAGCAUAAGGUGUGGCUGUUUUGCUGAAGGCUCUUCUGGCGCGAUCCAAGUCCCUAAUUGCAUGUACAGUUCUACAUGUGUAGAGCCCUGAUCCCCUCUCCCUGCACCCAGGUCUUGUGAAGGUGUGAGCAGGGCUUGUUCACUCGUUGGAAGAUGUGGACACUUUUGGGAAUUUGGUUAUUUUUUAUUUCGUUGGCUAACAAUGCUUAAGCACUACUAAUAAUCUGUAUCAGGCACGAAGCUCAUAACCAUCUUAAUGUUCUACUUGGGUCAACAACAAAUUGGUCUUGCACUCACAGGGAGGAAAAAGAAGAUGCAUUCAUACUAGGGCUUAAACGUGCGUAUUAAUAUAUCCAGAAGAACUAUGGUAUCAUCAUUUUUCCUACCAAAGAUUUAAGAGCAUAUUGCUCAGUGAUUUGUCAACAGACCAUAGUAGCAUGACGGUUUUGCACAAAAAAUGAACAAAGGUAAUUCCAACUGAAGCACUUCAGGAGCAGUGCUUUAGUGAGGAUGCCCCUAAAAUUUGAGGACUUGUUGUUCUCAGGCGCUUUCUGGAGAAUGACAAACCAUUUUCUAUAUUGUGUUAUAAAGUAUGAUGUUUGAAGCUAUUUUUUCCUGGUCUGAAUGCAUCACCUUCUCGCAUACAGCAAAAAAUACUUCAUCAAAAGCCCUAUAUAAAGUCAUGCCUUACAGUCUUCCAUCUUGAUCCAGAUUCCAUUUGUGCUGCAGUACAUAUGCAGAGUUCCUGCUUGUGUUUGGUUCUCCUCAUGCAUUUAAGUGUAAAAGGAAGCUCUGCACAGACACACACACCUCCUUUGUGUGUACAGGGCUGGUUCUUCAUUGAAAUGAGUGGGGACACCCAUACAUGUAGAAGCUCUAUAGAUGAAUCACUCUAUGAAUGAGCGAAAAUCAUAGCAUCCACACAGAAGGUUGGCCAAAGACAUUUUGCUGAGGCAAAGAACAAGAUGGUUCCUCCCAGCUGACUGGGCACUGGCAACGUGACAGUAUCUUCUACUGCUAGUUUAGGGGGUGCAUGACUGGUAAUUUGGCACACGUAAUUCUGAUCCCCAGCAGAGGGGAAUGGCCAGGGAGCUGAGGAAGAAUGUUCAAUGGCACCUUCAUCCCACAGUAUCUGAUGCCUGAUGCAGCUGCCUCACUCUGCCUAACAAUAGCAUGUGCUCUACAACUUUGGAUAUUUAUAAUAGGGCAAUGGAAAUGUUUGUUUUCUCCAAAUCUUUUAACAAUGUAAAAGUAACCAUUGGAAUGCAGCAGUGUGGAAUACAUUAAAAACCAAAAUUGUAGGUCUUUUCCAGACAAUUCUAAAAGGGGGGCGGUAUUCUGAGUGUAAUACUUGUGGUUCUUCUAAUCUCAGCUCCAUACAAGGAAAGCUGCUGAGGGGUAGCUGUUUACUUCCCUUUUUAAGAGAGAGGUGUGCUGCAGUGCUAGAGACGGGAAGCACACACAAACUUGAAAAGAAAAGAGGGGCGCUAAAGGUACAAGAAGUAAUGAGAAUUUGCUGUAGGAUAGGGUGGCUAACCAUAGCCCUCCAUGAUGUUGAACUACAACUCCCAUCAUCCUUGGCCAUUGACCAUGCUGGCUGGGGCUGAUGGGAUUUGCAUUGCAAUUCAGCAACAUCUGGAGCGGCCCUGGUUAGUCACCACUGAUGUAGUGGAAAUGGCACAAAAUACCUAUAUCAAGAGGCUCUAGGGAAGAAUCAGGUGGUUUCUAUGUCUGUGCAAAGUUGAGUUUCUAGGACUAAGCUGAAAUAAUUUCCAAGAGCUUCCUACUCACUAGGGAUAGUUCUUCAGGAGUAACUAAAAAUAAAAUAAUGUACAUGCCUGAUUCCUAGACUGAAAUGUGAAUAGUGUGUGUGUGUGUGUGUGUGUGUUACUAAAUUAUAUAUAUAUAAUUUAUAAAAUCAGUCUCAAAGAGCCAUAUGAUUAUUGGAACUACUAGCUACCAUGACAGAGUUCACUGUUGAACACUGUUGAACACAGAUAAGGCACGUACUGUAUAAGAAACGUUAGUUCUGAAAGGAAUCACCUAGACUUAGAAUGUACCGUGAAUUUUUCUGGCUUAGUCCUGGAAGCUUGAAGUUAAACCUCCCUUGGUUUUAAUUCAUUGCUCUUCCUUGAGGGAAGCUUUGCGCAAACAUACUUUUUAAAGGGCACUUUAGGCUGUAGUCCUGAACACACUAGGACGAAAGCCCUACCCAACAAAGUGGGACUUACUUCUGAGUAUGCAUGUUGUUUUGGUUGAGCUGUUAAAGAGGAAGCUCAGGGCCUCCAGAAAAGAGAGUACCAUAACUUAGAAAAUUUAAACUUUCUAAAAAAUCCAUGAAAUGAUGGAAAUCUGGAAGAUGGAGAAGUUGUUAUUUAUCACUACUCCUGUUAAAGGCUCUGUCCAGUUUGUGCCACUGAAACUUGUUCUGCCAAAUUCUAUACCGCACUUGGUAUUGUAAUUGAUGGGCUAGCUGGGGGAAGAAUCUUGUUUUCGCCUGCAACAAAACACUGUGCUUUGAGUGCAGGGAAAAUGAGAUAUGCCAACAGCUGAAGUGGUUUUGUUAAGAAAAAAUAUCAGGAUACCCUGAAGGAAAUGAGUAGCUGUGCAGUUGCUGUACAAAAGAGUAUUGUCUGGAAAUGCCCUUUGGGAAAUAUGUGUUUAUUGAUAGUGUGAUUAUUUCUAACUGGCUGGAGGGAAACAUGGAUUUUUAUGGGUCUGGACUGUAGGCAAACUUGAAAGUUUUCCUCAUCAAAAUGACCUUUUUCAACAGUCUUGCUACAAACCUAGGAAUUGUGCCUAUACUUUUCACUAUAAAAUUAUAUAACUGGUGAUUUCAA